AUGGACAGCUUCGACUUAGCUCUCCUCCAGGAGUGGGACCUGGACUCUCUGUGUGUGUAUGAGCCAGAUAGAAACGUGCUGCGAAGGAAAGAAUGGGAAAGGAGAAAUCAGGAGGCCCAGCAGGAGGAUGGCGCAUUUAACACGAGUUACUCCCUCUUCAGUGAACCGUACAAGACUAACAAGGGGGAUGAGCUCUCAAACCGUAUCCAGAAUACGCUGGGCAACUAUGAUGAAAUGAAAGACUUGUUAACUGACCGAUCAAACCAGAGUCACCUUGUUGGGGUUCCAAAACCUGGGGUCCCUCAGACAUCUCUCCCCAACCCCGAUGAGCAUCUUAUUGCAGACUCAAGACCACCACCACCUCCUCCCUCCAUUUCCAGCACUACUACUUCCACACCAGCAGCCCAACCUGCCCAACAGAGCAAAAGCACCACGAUGGGCUGGCAGAAGGCUGGGCACAACACCGCUUCAGAUGGCCAACAGAGAGCGAGCAAGCAUGGCUCGCUGAGGACCACACUAGGAGACAAUGUCAACAGAGUGCAGCAGCCAGCAAAGCUCAAUGGUAGCUCGGAAGGAGGAGCUCAAGCUCAAGAGAGGCCAGCAAAACACAGUGGUGGGCACUGUGUCCAAAACUUCCCGCCCUCUCUUGCUUCGAAGCCCAGUCUGGUUCAGCAGAAGCCAACAGCUUAUGUCAGGCCAAUGGAUGGUCAAGACCAGGCUCCUGAUGAGUCUCCGAAGCUGAAGUUACCAGCAGAGACAACCAAGUCGUAUAGGGGAGUGCCUUCUAACAAGCCUGAUUCAACCAGGACCAAAUCAAAGAUAGCCAAAUUCAGCAUUCCUAAGCAAGAAGAGGACAGUGGAACAGGAGAUAACAGCUGCAUUGAAGAAAUAUUGCGGGAGAUGACCCAUUCAUGGCCUCCACCACUGUCAGCUAUUCAUACACCAGGAAAGGCAGAACAAAGCAAGUUUCCCUUCCCAAACAAGGAGUCACAACAGGGAUCUACAGGACACAGCAAUACAAGGAAAAGUGAUGUAGAGCCAAAGAGUCAAGAGAAAAGUGCAACCCGUACAUCAAUGCUAGAAGAUGACCUCAAGUUAAGCAGUGACGAAGAAGAGAAUGACCAGCAGGCAGCACAGAGAUCUGCUCUCCGCGUUCUAUCUGACAGCCUGGUGGUGCCACAGUCAAACGCCCGAGCCUCAGGACUCUCCAGCAAGGGGUCGAGCAGCAGCAGCUCCAGUGAAUCAGAGACCAGCUCAGAGUCUGACUCAGAGAGCGAAAGCAGUUCCAGCGAGAGUGACGGCAGCAAAGCCUCACAUUACUCCAGCCCAGAGCCUGAGCCACCCUCAUCCAACAAGUGGCAGCUGGACAAGUGGCUGAAUAAAGUCACCCCACACAAAGCACCCAUCCUGACCCACCAUGACAGCCCGGCACUGGAGGCCCAUCCCUACUACAGCCGCGUGAAGGUGGAGCGGCAGGAAAGCGAGAAGACCACAGCCACUGGCCCGGCUGAGCACCGCAGCGGGGACAGCCGUGCCACCGCCACCACCACCACCACCACCGCCGCCACCGUCGGGGACGGACCACGGCCCAGGACCGCCAACAAAGCCCCGGGCAGCAAAGGCGGCCGGCAAAAGUCACCCCCCACUGCUGACGGCGGGCCUGCCAGGCGGGUGGCAGGGAAGAAGGCACUGCGGCGGGCUGAGAGGACCUCUGCCAGGGACGGCCCCCACUGCCCGGGGGCAGAGGAGCACCCCGGGAGCCACAGCUUCCCUGACAGCGCUGCUGGCGAGGCACCGAGGGCCCGGCCCGCUCCUGGCAGCAGCAGCAGCGGUGGCUGCAGAGCAGGGCACCGCCGGGAGCCCCGCUCAGCCGCCGCUGGCGAGAAGCGUAGGGCCCGGGGGCCAAGCAAAACGGCGCCCAAGUCCAAGGAGUUCAUCGAGACCGAGUCUUCGUCCUCGUCAUCCUCCUCCGACUCGGGCUCUGAGUCGGAGCGGGAGGAGCGCCCGCCGCCCAAGGCGCAGGUGGCCGCCGGGGCUGAGCCGCGUGGCAAGGACGCGGGGACCGGUGCCACCAGCAAACCCCACGGCGGCGGCUGCGGUGCCUUUGGCUCCAUUAAUGCCAGGACUAGUAGUGAAAUAGCAAAGGAGCUGGAGGAACAGUUUUACACCCUGGUUCCUUUCGGUAGGAAUGAGCUCCUGUCUCCUCUGAAAGACAGUGAUGAGGUAAAGUCACUGUGGGUCAACAUUGACUUGGCUCUUUUGUCCAGGAUUCCAGAGCGUUUGCCCGAAGAGCCACUGGCCAUGAGCGCCGGAGCAAACCAGGCGGCCAGCCUCCCGCAGGGUAGUAGUGCUGACCCCCCCACAGAGAAGGGUUUACCGAAAUCUAGAAGGAAACGCAAGUGUGAGAAUGAGGAAGAGUGCAGAGACAUCAAGAAGACUCACUUAGAGCAAGAGAGUUCUUCACGAUUAGCUGCCUCUGCCCGCAGCCUCACUACAGCAAUUCACUGCAAUAUGAAUGAAAAUAGCUUGGCACUGCCAAUAAAUAAAAAUGAGAAAAUGCUUCGGUCACCCGUCUCUCCCCUCUCUGAUGCAUCAAAACACAAAUACUCCAACGAUGAUUUAACUUCCUCCAGCAGACCUAAUGGCAGCAGUCUAUUACCUUCCAUCUCCUCCAGCAAAAAACAUAAGGGUGAAAUCCAGUCGCAGCCACAUUCCGGAGACUUCAAAAAAGCAAUUCACGCCAAUUCAGAAAAUGUUCUUCUCUGCAAUAAGCCCCAGUCCCAAACAGAGUCUUGGUCACCUCUGUCCAGCACACCCAGGGACUGCAGAAGGACAAAGCUUAUCUUUGAUGAUAUGCCACGCAAUGCAGAUUACUUUAUGCAGGAAGCUAAACGGAAGAAGCAUAAAGCAGAUGCAAUGGUGGAAAAGUUUGGAAAGGCACUGAAUUAUGCAGAAGCAGCACUAUCGUUUAUUGAGUGUGGAAAUGCAAUGGAACAAGGCCCAAUGGAAUCUAAAUCUCCUUAUACAAUGUAUUCAGAAACAGUUGAACUCAUCAGGUAUGCAGUGAGACUAAAAACCCACUCAGGCCCCAACGCCACACCAGAAGACAAACAGCUGGCAGCAUUAUGUUACCGCUGCCUGGCCCUUCUGUACUGGAGGAUGUUUCGACUCAAGAGAGACCACGCAGUCAAGUAUUCGAAAGCGCUUAUUGAGUAUUUCAAGAAUUCAUCAAAAGCUGCCCAGAACCCAUCUCCUUGGGGUGCCAAUGGAAAGAGCACAGGCACUCCGUCCCCCAUGUCCCCUAGCCCUUCUCCAGUCAGCUCUGUAGGAUCCCAGGGGAGCACAGGGGCCCCUUCCCCAUCUCCUAUCAUCAGCAUCCCGCAGCGCAUUCAUCAGAUGGCAGCCAACCACGUCAGCAUCACCAACAGCAUCCUGCACAGCUAUGACUACUGGGAGAUGGCUGACAACCUGGCCAAGGAAAACAGAGAUUUUUUUAACGACUUGGAUGCAUUGAUGGGACCUAUCACCUUGCACAGCAGUAUGGAGCAUUUAGUUCAGUACACCCAACAAGGACUUCACUGGCUGCGGAAUAGCGCUCACUUGUCAUAA